GCUGAGGAGGAGAAGGCGGCAGUGGCCGUCGCGGCCCGAGUCGCCGCGGCCCGGAGAGUCCCGGCCGGGUCGGUGCGUGCCCCGACGGGGCGCGCGGAGCGGACGCGGAGGUGCGGCGCCGCCGCGGAGCGCAGGUUGCUUUCCUGUUGCAUCUUUGACAUAGUUUCCUUGACCCUGCUCCAUGAUUAACUCAAAAGUUUGAAAUGAAGAUGGAGGAGGCAGUGGGAAAAGUCGAAGAACUUGAGUCUGAAGUCCCACCAAAAACAUCCAAACAAGAGACAACUAAGGAGGAAGAUGGAUCUGUAGAACUGGAAUCUCAAAUUCAGAAAGAUGGUGUAGUGGAUUCUGCAGUUCUUUCUUCAAUGCCUUGCUUGUUGAUGGAACUGAGAAGGGACUCUUCUGAGUCUCAGUUAGCAUCCACAGAGAGUGACAAGCCGACAACUGGCCGAGUUUAUGAGAGUGACUCCUCUAACCACUGCAUGCUUUCCCCUUCCUCUAGUGGUCACCUGGCUGAUUCAGAUACAUUGUCUUCUGCAGAAGAGAAUGAACCCUCCCAGGCAGAAACAGCUGUAGAAGGAGACCCUUCUGGCGUGUCUGGUGCCACAGUUGGGCGCAAGUCUCGACGGUCCCGAUCUGAAAGUGAAACGUCCACUAUGGCUGCCAAGAAAAACCGGCAAUCUAGUGAUAAACAGAAUGGCCGAGUCACCAAGGUUAAAGGUCACCGGAGCCAAAAGCAAAAGGAGAGAAUCAGGCUACUGAGGCAGAAACGGGAGGCUGCUGCGCGUAAGAAAUACAACCUGUUGCAGGACAGUAGUACCAGUGAUAGUGACCUGACUUGUGACUCAAGCACAAGCUCAUCAGAUGAUGAUGAAGAGGUUUCAGGGAGCAGCAAGACAAUCACUGCAGAGAUACCAGAUGGACCUCCAGUUAUAGCUUAUUAUGAUAUGUCUGACACCAGCUCUGACCCAGAAGUGGUAAAUGUGGACACUUUAUUGGCGGCUGCAGUAGUUCAAGAGCACAGUAAUUCUGUAGGAGGCCAGGACACAGGAGCUACCUGGAGGACCAGCGGGCUUCUAGAGGAGCUGGAUGCGGAGGCAGGUCAUUUGGAUCCAGGGUUCCUAGCAAGUGACAAGACAUCUGCUGGCAGUGCACCACUCAAUGAAGAAAUUAAUAUUGCCUCUUCAGAUAGUGAAGUGGAGAUUGUGGGAGUUCAGGAACAUGCAAGGUGUGUCCAUCCUCGAGGAGGUGUGAUUCAGAGUGUUUCUUCAUGGAAGCAUGGCUCGGGCACACCGUAUGUUAGCAGCCGGCAGACACAGUCAUGGACUGCUGUGACUCCCCAGCAGACCUGGGCUUCACCUGCAGAAGUUGUUGACCUUACCUUGGAUGAGGAUAGCAGACGUAAAUACCUACUGUAAUACAAUGUCACUGUGUUCCUCCGCACUGUCCCCUUCCACUCCCUCCUCCUCCUCUUUGCGACAUGGAAGUUCAUUGUCAUAGCUUCAGCCUCAGAAGCUGUUUGUGGCAUUUGUAUAAUCAAAAAUUAUGAAAAGUUGCUCCCCUCCUUUUUCUUUUUUCUUUUUUGUAAAUCAAAAGAAGUCAGGAAAAUAACGUAAUCACAGAGAAAAAGAAUUUCUUUCCCUCAGUAGGAAUAUGAGAAUGAUGACUUUAUUAGACAACUUCAUUUUACUUGGUGACUUUUUUCUUAGGAAACUCUGCCCUCCUUUUAAUUACCAGGUGAAAUGAAUUUCAGUGUUUGAAUCUUGUAUUUAUUUUUCUGUGUAAUAAAAUGAAUAUCUAGACUUGACCUCUGUCAGCCCACCCAUUGGCACUCCCACCUUAGGGCAUUUGCACACAUAUUAGUUAGGUCCUUAUUGGCACCUAGUAGGGCAUGUGCAUUUGAAACCUGUCCUUAGAAAUAGAAGACAGAGUAUUAUUUUCUUUUAGCUUAAGUCUUCUGACUUCUUUCCUGACUUAGCUUCUUGCUGAAUUCCCACAACACAAAUAAUUGACAUGUCCCUUUGUGUUUAUAAAUACUGCUAAGAUGACUUAAUUUGUCUCUUUGUUGCAAUAAUUCAUAACUCUUUGGAAAAUGUCUCCUUUUGUGGCCGAGGCAUUUUGGAUAGAUACCCACCACAAGAUUUUUUGGGCAUAUGAAGAGAGUACUGAGAGAUCAGUAGGAAAAAUCUCUCACCCUGAACUUUUUCCUGGUUUAUUCAAAUAACAGGCAAACAUAGAAACCUGUUACUACUUAGGUAGAAUAUAGAGUUGUGUGGCUUCUAAGGCUUUGGGCACUUGCAAAUCUGAGAGGAAAGUGCCUUUUUUCAUAGCUGUUCUCUCUAUAAAGGAUGUACAACAACUGUUCAAACUUGAGCUGAAAUUGACUUGAUUCUGUAUUUGGGUAUUUUUCUCCAAUACCUUCUAAAAUUAGAAAAACCAAAAUAUACCAUAAGAAAUCAGAUGCAAAGCACAUUAAUGGCAGUGUAGGUUUUAUAGUAUCUAAAAGGUAUGGCAAAGAAUAGUAGGAGCUUCAGGGAAUUCAGGAAAUACCAGUGUUGGAGUUUGUGGCAUUAGUUACUACCUUUUUCCUUUGACAUGUUGCAGUUACUAGUGCAAUUAGUUUACAAACAAUACCUAGAGUUAAAACACUAUGUACUGUGCACAAGGAGGAAUGAAGUAAUAUUGGCUUAGAAGACCUCCUUUUGUUUCUCCAACAGUUUUUGUUGGCCUUUGGGGGGGUGGUUUGGUUCCAUUUUUACCAUAUAAUAUUGCUGAAGCCCUUUGCCUCCCUCCCCAAAUACCUUGCUGGCUCUUCCUUAUCAUAAGAGCAUGAGAACUACUGUUUCUUAGUUUCAUUCAGUGGACACUUAUUUAGUAAGUGCCUGUUUCACAUAAGGCACUUGCAGGUUGGGUGCUGUGGGGCCGCUGAGAUAAAUGAGACACCCCCUGUGUGUGCAUGCACCUGAAGACCCCACCGGCAUGGCUUCACCUGCCUGGCCUUUUCUUUUAUAUUUUGAAAGACUCAAUUGUUCCUUUACCCUUCUUCCUGCUGCUUUACUUCCAUACACCUCUUCCUGGGAGUGUAUUUAAGCAUGUGUUCUUUGAGCUUCUCUGAUGUCUCAUUUGAUCUGGCCUCUGUUCUUCAUCAAGUUUUUAUUUUUCUGUCAUUCUACUCCUAAUAGAUCAAGCCUUUAAAAGAUCACUAACUUCCAGUUUUAGCACCUCAUAUCUCCAGUCUCUCACAUGGCUACAGUUCUAGACAAAAACCAAAGACCCAGAGGCCAGAGUGAAAUAGGACCUUCUGCAGAUUCACUUCACAUUAUACUUUAGGAUUAAUUUAUUAAAUUUUACUGUUACACGUUGUUUGUGACUUGAAUUAAAAUGCUAGACAAAGCAGAAAUGUACAGUUUCUGGUCUGUGUGUUCCAGGAAAAUAAUUGGAAAAGAAUAGAAUGGAUUAUUUGACUUGAAGUUUUUGCAGCUUAUUUUGUCCCCAAUAUCAGGGCAGAGCUCCGUUUUAAAGAAUGUUUUGCAGUACAUACUCAUGUUAAUGUUUGUCCAGUUCUGUACAGCAGGUGAUUUCCCAUGACAUAUUUUCUUUAGCUCCUAAUAGUCAUCCUCUAAAGAGAAUUAUUUUAUUGUGCUGUGUGCACUGUAGAUUGGGAGCAGAGUGAAGUUGUAACCACGCUCUUUUCUGGCCUUUGCUUUUAUAGCAGGUUGCACUUUGCCUUCACCUGUGCCUCUUCCAGCUCCCAGCCUCCUGAGUUGAUGCACCAGAACAGAGAUUUAGAAAUUAAGAUGCAAAAAAGGAGAGGAGAAGGGAUGGUAGAGACAGUCAUCCUUUCCUCCUACUAGUUAGGAACUUUCCCACCUAUUAACUAUAGAGAGACUGUGCUUCAACUCCUCUUUCAUUGCCAGAUCCAGUAGAGCAGGGAUGUAGUUUCUGGCAAGAUAUUAAUGACAAAAUUCUGUGGUAAACAACUCCUGUGACAUUUGAAAUUUCUUGUAAGGUGAUCCUUUUUAACCAAAACUUUGCAUUUGGUAGCAUAAAUACUUCUUUAUGCUUCAUAGAACAUUGUCCAUUCAAAAUAAUAUAUCUGCUAAAUGGUGCACUUGGGUCACAGAUGGUUUAUGGCACUAAUUUGGUUAAGUCUCCUCUCCACCCAAUUUGAAACCACAGAGCAGUGACCAGCUAUUUAUUACAUCAUCACGACUGCCUGUAACAUGUAAUUGCUGCUCACUGUAGUUGUCCUUUCAUUUUGUUGGAAGGAGCCAGACUGAAUGGACUCCAUUAUCCUUUACAAUUGAGCAUCCCAUAAACUGUUUUUAUUAUCAGUUGUGAAUAUGAACUGUCUGAUUUGCUAAUUUAGUCAGUUGUUCAUUAUUACUUUGAGCAGAUUAGCACCAUAGGUAACUUCAAAAUGAAUUUGUUGCCUGCUUUUUUGUACUGUGUCACAAAGUUUUUGAAAAAGCUGGGGACACAAUUUUGUCUUUUAGUUUAACUUUUUUUUUUUUUAAAGGCAAAGAGCCCUAAUCCCUGUUUUCCAGUAUGUGUAUGAUGUGACUUCCAUGUAUAUAUAAAAAUGAUUGCACCCUAACCAAACUUCCUCAGAUUGUGCACUGUUUGUUUAAAAUAAUCACAUAUUUUAGUCCAAUGCUGUUGUAUUUUUUCAUUUUAUUUAAAACACUAUGUUCCUAUUCUUUAACAAACUUUAAAGGGUAGUAAUCUUUAAAAAAAGUCACUGGAUAACUAGGAAAUAUUCUUUUGUUGUUGUUUUGUUUUUGUUUUUUUAAAAAGAGUACAAAGGUCAUUGAAGCCUUUUGCUCCUCUUACCGUGAAAAUGAAAUGUUAGCCAUUGUAUGGCUAGGAAUCAAUGCACUUGGUGGUUAACAGAUCUGCUGUUGAUAGAGUGUGAGUGUGGACUUGAUGCAGUGACGACAAAUCAUUGCUUAGAAUUAUGUUUUAAAAUGUGCAACUCUAGUUUUUAAAACAAUUUGGUUCUUUACAUUCAUUAUUUAGUUUUUGUUUCCAUUUAGUAUUUAAUGGUCUUUGGAGAAAAAAAAAUAAUAAAACAGAGUGUUAUAUAUAUAUUUUUUGGUGCAAGAUAAGAUUUUCUGUUUUUUUGAAAUAAGUCUGUAGCAUAAAGGUUAAACUAUUUUAAGACAAAAAUAAAAUAGAGUGUAUUUAAACAAUGAUAAUUUCUAAGGAUUUUUUUUUCUAUAUGCUUCAGUUAAUUAGGUGGUGCCUAGAGCAGCUCCCUAAUUAGCUUUUGGAUGUGAAAGUAGAUUAUAUUUUGUCAACAGAGUUUACUGUUAUAAGAUGCCUGAUUUUUCCAAGUAAUAACUGUAUCCUGCUUCCAAAAUGUUUUGCAAGUGGCCUUUGGUAUGUUAGAUGUAGAUAAAAAUAGCUUUGCAUUAGCUUUCCUGUUCUCCCCGCCCUCCACCUCCCAUGAGAUUUCAAAGAGGGUUGAAGACUCCCCAGUGCUAGGCACCUUUGUUCCUGGGAAUAAAAUUCAGCUGACAGUUACUUCCCAGAGGCCAGAGCACCAGGGUAAGACACGGUUACUGCAUGCACUUUGCACGUGCUUGAACAUUGAAGCAAAUACAGGGUGUUUCAGAAAUAGCCUACAUAAAUUUUCUGUACUAAUUUGGUUCUAUUUUCAGAUUUUUUAUUUGGUUAUCAAAAUUAUAGGAACUACCAUAUUAACAUCGGGUUGUUUUUGUAAUUUCACGUAAAGGAGAAUGAGGAACCAGGGAGAGUGAGGCCUAUAUUUAUUAAAACAUACACUCCUGUAUCUCUUACUGUUGCUAAGAAUUUUUAGUUCUACUUACACUAGAACAAGAUCUAUUAGCAAAUAGGAAAUGUUUUUAGUUCUUCUAUACUAUUUUGUAUUUCCAACGUAGAUAUUUUAGUGCCGUGAGACUCCUUUACACAGGCUUGAGAAGACAAUACUUAAAGUCUUGCUUUUUAACCCUUUUGCCCUGGGAUGCUGUGCUUUUGAAGGUUAGACAAGGCAUGAGUAAAAUAAUCAGUGGGUAGUAUUUAAUCUCAUUCUGGCUUCCUCCUCCUAUCUCUGCUGCCUUUUGGCCUUGCCUUCCCUUAUUUGUAUGUUUGUCACAGUUGUUGACAGCUAUUUAUAACUUCAGUCUAAAUAGAAAAAAAUUAUAGGUAAAUCUUUAUCAAAUAUGUAAAUAUCUCUUCAGUUCCAAUUUUGCAAUCAAAGUGAAUUUUUUCUAGGUUUUGUUUUAACCAUGUUACUGAUCUAUGAAGGAGCAAUCUUAGGAGGUAUGAUUUUCUUCACUUGCUCGACUCCAUGUUUGGGAGCACCCUGAUUCACAGAAUUGAAGAAGUCCUGGGCCACCGUGGAGCUUUGACUGGGAGAAUCCGCCUGAGGAAAAGCAUACAGUAGUAAAUACUGGAAGGAGCAAUGCGUGUAGUAAAGAAAUGCAUGUGAUGAUCACAAACCUUGUAUAGAUGCAGAAAAGCACCCAUUGCAUUGGCUCAACAGAGGUGGUGGGACUGUUGGCUCAGUUCAGCUGCCACGCUGUAGGUGGUGUGCCUUCUAGCUGGAGAUGGGUUUAGGCAGCAGGGAUCUCUUUCUGCCAGGCCUCAAGAUCCCAUUUGGUGGCGGGGGGAUGUGAGUAAAGGAUGAGUGUACCUGUUGGCAGAGAAGUCAAACCUCAGAAGGAAGGUGUGGCGGCAGCAGCAGCUGGUAUGACCUCCAGAUCCUGGCCUGCUGGUUGAGGGCACCCCUUGGUUGUAAAUUAUAUCGACCCAGCUAAUUAUUCUUUGGUAAAGGAAGCUGUUCGGAACCAGUUUUUUCCUUUGUGAUUUGGUAAUUGACAUCUCAGAGCAGCCAUUUGUUUCCUUCCCAUGAUUGCUUCUUCCUAAGCAUGGGAAGGUGAAGUGUAGUGGACUCUUGAGCCCUCACUCUUGAGACUGAGUCUAAAGCAGGUCUGACAUCAGGAUGGAUCUUGGCUCCUGCAGCAUGAGGGGGUUCAGACCCAGAGAGUGAGGUGACUAAUGUAUAAAAAGCGCGAACCAGGGGACGGGAGGCUCCAGAAAGGCCAUCAGACCCCUGACAGAUUUGAUUUCUAAGCCUGUAAAAUGAAGAAUUUCUUCUUUGACACUGAAAGGUAGGGCUGUGGAUAGGAUAUAAUUGCCUAGGAGAUAGUUCAUUGUUCUGCAGAGCCAUCGGGCUUUUUAGGCAGGAAUUCAGCAGAAUUGCUUAUUCCAAAAAGCUGUUCAGAGGACUACAGUUCUAUCUUCUCACUUAAGCUUUUGGAAGGCAUUGUGUGACUAACACUCACAGAACUUUGAAUUUCUGCAAACUCUUUAUUUUCAAAGUUUUAAAAGAAUGUUUAUUUCAAAAUUUCCACAUGGGGAUAAAUGGUACAGAUUGUUAGCCUAAUUGUUCAGAUUGGAAGACUGAGAACAGAAGAACAGCUUAUUCAGAUUUAUAUAGCUAGACUUUCCAAGAGAAGAUUUUUUCCUUUAUUCAAAUUAGGGCUUUUUAGCUUUAAGAAAAACAAAACCUCUUUACCUGGCUUUUCUUCUUUCCCUGCUGAUUCUACUCACACUGGCCUGAAAACAAAGUGUUCCUGAGAAGGUAAUGUUUGAUUGGCUCCCUUUUCUCUUCGGCAGUUGCAGAUUUAAACACCAGAACCACACACCUGAGUAAGCGUUCCAGCUUAUCUCUGGAUUAGCCAUGGAAACUUUUUCUGUAGGUAGAUCCAUUUCUUGUAGUAUAUGGAAAAAGAAAAUAUAGAUGGCCAGUAAACGUAGGACUGAUGCUCAGGCUCAUGGAAAUGCAUACUUACGUGACAGGAUGCCAUUUCACAUAGGCAGAAUCAGAUAGGAGUACAUUUAAAUCCACCAAGGAGGCAGAACAGUACAAUUUGCUUGUCUUUGUUUGAGCAUAAUUUGCUACAACUAUUUUGGGAAUGAGUGGAAUUGUUUAGUGUAUACUUCAAGCUAUAGACUGAAUGUUUGUCGUCUCCGCCCCCUGCCCCCCCGCCCCCCCCCCCCCAACACACCAAUUUAUAUGUUAAAAAGCCCUACUCCCCAAUGGAGAUAGGGCCUUGGGAGGUAGUUACAUUUAGUUGAGAUCAUAAGGGUGAAGCCCCAUGAUGGGAUUAGUGCUCUUACAAGAAGAGGAGAGUCUUUUUUUUGAGGAGAGUCUUAAUGGGAAGACAAAGUAAGAAGGCCUGUAAGACUGGAAGAGGACUUUCACCUGAAUGAACCAUGCUUAGCACCCUGAUCUCUGGCUUCCAGCCUCUAGAACUGAGAAAAAAAUGUCUGUUGCUUAAACCACCCAUUCUAUAGUGUUUUGUUAUGGCAACCCAAGCUUAGACACUCCAUGACCCAGCAGUUCCACUUCUUGGAAUGAUACUCUUGAGCAGCUUUUAAACUGUGAUGGUAGCCUACACAGAGAAGUCAUGAAAUCACUUCAGUGUCUAUGAACCAUCUUUGUUGUUGUAAUCCUCACCCAAGGAUAUUUUCCAUUGAUUUUUAGAGAGGGCGGAAGAGAGGGAUAGAGACAGAUGUUUGAUGUGAGAGAGACACAUGGAUUGGUUGCCUCCGGCACUCGCCCUGACCAGGGCCAGGGAUUGAGCCUGCAACCUACUCUUGACCAGAACCUGCCCUAGAACCUGGGACCCUUCAGUCCGUAGGCUGAUGCUCUAUCCACUGAGCCAAAAUGGCUAGGGCUAUAAACCAUCUUUUGUUUAUGCAUUUAAGGAACUAUAGCAACAUAAAACAUGGAGACAGUGUCACGUGAAACUUUUGUUAUAUACUGAAUAUAUGUCUACACACAAACGUGUGCAUAGGGUUGAGAUAUAAAAUGUAUUUUUUACUGUGGGCUUCAGUCAAAAAGAUAUGGAAAGCCAUGGUUCUAGGGUAACUAGUUUAUGUGCUCAAAAAUGUUGUGUCAUUUUCCUCCUUUUUAGGUAUUUCAGCAUGGAUAUCCAUCUAUAGGAUGGAUAAACAAUGUAUUUUACAAUGUGGAUGUUAAUGAACUAGAGCUGUAGUUAUAUACUUACACCAGUAAUAACAUGGACAAAUCUCAACAAUGUGGAGGAAAGCAGGUGCAGAUAAGAAUUACAUGAUACUAUUUAUAUGAAGUUUAAAGAGACAGAUCAAUACUACUUAUUGAUAAAGGGUACAUACACAUGUAGGAAGACUAUGAAGAAAUGCAUGAGAAUAAUAAACACCAAUUUUAGGGUAAAUGCCUACCUCCUAAGUGGAGAUAGGAAGGGGACACAAAGACCUUAUUGGCAAACUUUAUCUUAAGUUGGGUAGUGGGGACACAGGUGUAUGUUGUUCUUUGUACCUUUAUAUCUUAAUAAAUCUUUAUAAAUUGA